UUACGCGAUAUAAGGAAUCCUCUAUCUGGUGGCGCAGAUCUCAUGAAUGACUCGAUCGAAGCCUGUACGUGCCAGCACGGGCUCCACCACAAACUGUCCCCACAAGUCGAUCAGCCAUCUAUCUUUGACUACGUGAAGUGUGAGCUUGCCUUCGAGCUCGCACUUACAAAUAACGUGGAACUGACUAUACUCAUCACAGGCUACUUCCGUAUAAAACUGAGCAUAACUGCCCGACAGUAUACAGCCAAAGAACGGGCCCGCCUCCGGGCGAGCGAGCCGCUCAUUGAAGAAUUUGAGCUCCAGUUUCUCCUCAUAGAAUUCCCAGUCCGUAGCCUCCGGAUCGCCCGCUUCACAUAUCUUGAAAGUGAAGAAGUAUCCAUGUGGAGGACGAGGGCCUCCAUUGAGCAAAUUGGUAUACAUGGUGGAGUUGGUCAUCUUGCUUGUUGCGUCUGGGGCGGAUAUCAUAGAAGGGAAUCACUCGGAACAUGUUUGAUGAACUGCACACUUAGACAAGAGAGGAUGGUUUGUGCGUGGUCUUUAUAGUCUAGAAAAGUUUCGUUCUAAGCCUCUGACAGAGAGUAACCCGCCUGUUCUCUUUUGUUUGGAGAAGGAGAUCUCAAUUCUUCCUCAACUCUGUUCCCGGGCAAGCGGGUGGGUUCCUGGGAUUCGUCACUCCCCGAGGCCCAGUUGCCAGUCCAUCCGGGAGAUAUCAUCGAGGUAUUUGUGAUCCAUGAGAAAAGUUCCACUAACUGCAAUGGCGCUCGUGCAUGGUGGUGCCUU